UCGAGCCGAUUCGUUUGGCGCAAUCCUCCUCCUGCAAACGAAACUCACGCGGCGGCUGCAGCUCGUUUUUUCCUCUGAUUUCCACUAUCCACACAUUUUACGGUUGCGUUUCUUGCGGUCUGACUUUCAUUGUUUCGCGGCCCUCAAACGCUAUUCACCUUUUACACCUUUUACAACGCUCGUUGCCGCGAAGCGACACGGAAAAAUGGCCAGGACACAGUUAACUUGGCUUUAACUGUCGCCCCAUUUAGUUUUGUGUUCACACUGAGAGAAAAGGAAGCAGCAGCAGCGUAGAAGUCGGAGGAGCGAAUCAAAAUUUGUGCGGCCGCCGCUGGCACCGUGAUAUAACAGGAGUUGCCGCUCGACUUUCUCUACCUUCUCCCACUCUCUCUCUCCACUCACUCUCUCGGGCGGACGAAUCGAAGUCGAAGGUAUCCCCAUGUGGCAGCUCCAUUGACCAGGAGGCAAGCAACCGGAGCGGCGAAGUUACCCACUGCUUUCGGGCCAAUUCGUUUGAUAAUUGAGGAAGUGAGCCGCAACUUUUAAAUGAAGAAACAUGGGGAAUGGCAUGAACAAGGUCUUGCCGGGACUUUAUGUGGGCAACUACCGCGACUCGAAGGAUCAUGCCCAGCUGGAGAGGUUCAAGAUCUCGCACAUCAUCGCCAUACAUGACAGUCCGCGGCGUUUGCUGCCCGACAAACACUACCUGUGCGUAAUGGCCUCGGAUACGCCGGACCAGAAUCUCUCCCAGUACUUUUCCGUCUGCAACGACUUCAUCCACGCCGCCCGCCUGCGCGAGGGCAACGUGCUCAUCCACUGCCUGGCGGGGAUGUCGCGUUCGGUGACCGUGGCGGUGGCCUACAUUAUGACGGCCACCCACCUGAACUGGAAGGAGGCACUGAAGGUGGUUCGUGCCGGUCGCGCUGUGGCCAAUCCCAAUACGGGUUUCCAGAACCAAUUGCAGGAAUUUGAGCAGUUCAAGCUGCCCGAGGAACGUCGCCGGCUGAGGGAACGCUUCCCGUCCUCGGCCCUAGAGCAACUGGAUCGCACCAAGGUGGUCACCGCGCUGGAUAACUACCAGGAGCUCCUGCAGAAUCGGGAUAUCUGCGAGGGCAACUGCUCGCGCGGCGAGAAAUGUCCCACAGGCGUCUGCAACAUGGACCCCACGAAGGGCUUGUUCCGACGUCGUCCCUCCAACGCCUCCACCCAAUCGCGUCUGCGCGCCCAGUCCUCCAAUGCCAACGCCUCGUCCAGUUCGCUCAGCGUGACCAGUGUCGCCGCCCAGUCCUGCCCCACAUCGCCCAAGACCUCGCCGCUGCCCAUGGCCCGUCGUUCGGUGGGCAACGAGCGCAUUCCCGAGGACGAGAUCGUCCUGGAACAGCCGCCCACCACAUCCCGCGAGGCGGCCGAGUAUGCCGCCGCCUUCGAGGACGCCCGUCGCGAGCAGGAGCAGCGCCAGCAGCAGCUGGGCCGGAGUCAGCGCUCUCCCCGGCCGGGAAACUCCUCCGCGAGAGAAACGCCACGGCUGGGUAACUCCUCCUCCUCCUCCUCGAGGGAAACGCCGAGGGUGAGCAGCGCGGGCAGUCGGAGGGAGUCCACCGCCAGGGAGGGAAACGGCUCCGCCCAACUGCAGCGAAGUGCCAGCACGGUCAGCGGAUUUGGAGUGCGGCCACGGAGUAGUCCGGCUGGACUGCACGCCUAUACGGGCUCGGUUCCUUCCUCCGUCCACGGGUCUCGAGUGGAUCUGCGGGAUGCCGACAAGGGUUCGGCCAUCUACCUGGGCUGCUCGGCACCGCGGGCCUCCACAUUAUCUAUAUCCUCGUCGAGGGGCUCGUCGGGUGGCUCGGCUCCACCCUCGCCCUGUCACACUCCCCCCGCCAGUCCACGUCAUGGCGUAAAGAGAUCCACCAGCCUGGUGAAGAAGCCGAGAUGAAGGCCCGCGACGGACCUCACGAGGCGAGGAGGUUUUUUAAAGCGAGUUGCAUUGACACCCACUGCAUCUGUAAUCUGUAAUCCUUAGGCAACUUGGCACACCCUUUGGCAAAAACGCGCGCGUUACCUGCAGACUUGUUUGGAAGAGGACUACGGAUUCCCGGGAUUACCUUCCGAUUCAGAUUCGUAGUGCCCUCGAGUAGCUUACUGUUGUUAGACCCUAAAGCUAAGGCAUCCUUCGUUUGCCGGCUUUGGCUACUAAAAAAAGUUGUUGAUCAAUUUAAAAAAAAAACGGCACUCGGGGCACUCGCCUUCGAGUGCAGCCUGAAUCAAAAGAAAUCAAAUGUUGAGAGAUUAUUUUUCAGAGACGCAUUUAAGAAAUACCGACAUAUACAUAUACACGGCAUAUUUACUGUAUAUUAUAUAGCGUAUUUAUUUAUACGAGCAGAUUUGUUGUCGGUCCCAUUUGGAAGGACUGAUCCCCCGGCCUCCCGGUAGUGGCCAUUUGUUAGUUUUGUACCGAGAGCGGAGUCAGUCGAACAAUAAUUGAGAAUUGUACAAUUGCGUAUUUUUGAUUAUAUCCAUUGUUGUUGCAAAAAUAUUUUGAUAGCGAAGAAAAACAAAAAAAAAUGGGGAAACCCAAAAGAAGCGUUAUAUACAUUCAUACCUAGUUGAUAUAGUAUUGACAUAUGAGAUUUGAGAUUGUUAUUUAGAACUGUUGCAUUGUGUAGCAUUGAAUAUAUAAACAAAGUUUAUUAGCUCACCGCCACCCUUUUUCUUCCACACACAAAAAAACCCCAAAAACGGGGAAACCCUUACGAGAAGACAAGCAAUACAUUGAUUCACAAACAAAAUUUAAUCUAAACUAAACCAAUUGCAUUAAAGUGUGCUUUAAAGCUUGUGGCUUAUCAUAAAGAAACCAAAAACACAAUUAAAUUAUAAUCGAAUAAGAAUGUAAAAUUAUUUACAACCUUUCCUAGAAUAUCGAAAACAAUCUAAUGGACAUUUGAGACGUUUUUGCAAGCUGGCUUUGACAAAAUAAAAAUGGUUCAGAGAUUCAGA